AUGGAUUGGUAUAUGUGUAAUAUCCUCCAGAAAGUAACGAAGAAUUUAGAAUAUAAUUCGAAGGAUGGAAACUGUAAUUUUAAAGAUGAUACAGAUUUCAAAAAGUAUUGUACUGGCAAUAAUUGUAAUGAUGAUACCGAUAAAAUUAAUGCUGCAUGUUUAUUUUUGUUUGAUGAAUUCUUUAAGGAUAAUUCUGUUGCAAAAAGUAACAUCAAUAUUGUUGAAUACAUUAUGAUAUGGUUAAGUUAUAUGUUAAGCCAAACCCAAAAUGGAGAAAAAGGCAGUCUAAAUGAUUUUUAUACUAAACAUAUAAAAAAUAGCGACCAGUAUAAAAAGAACAUAGAAGGUGUUACUUCUUAUCAAAAUUAUAAGGAUAUUAUAGAUAAAAAUAAAUAUUUUUUAAGUAUGGAUAAGAGUGUUAUAUCUAAAUUAUACGAUGCAUUAACAUCAUUAUGUAGUAUGUAUGUUAACAAUGAUGGACACGUCCCCAAUUGCGAUCAAUGUUUGGAAGCUGCAAAAAACUUUGUUGACAAAUAUGAAGAAACUAUCAAAGAUCCUAAUAUUAGUAAAAAUGGUUUAUAUAGUAAAGUAUUAUCUAUUUUAUCUACUUUAUCAACUGAUUAUGUUAAUUUAAAAAAGAAAAAUAACGAUAGUUCAUCCUUGCCAUCGAUAAAAACAAAGAUUUAUCUACAAAAAUAUGGAUUUUUAUCAUUUAGUUUGUUAUCAACAAACUAUUUUUAUAUACUUUUAUUGAUAUUUGGUACAAUAGUAUUUUUUAUAGGAAUUUAUUAUAAGUAUGCGUUAUCUGGAUUUCGGAAUCGACUUAAAAACCAAUAUUUAAGGAAAAAACUAAAAAAAAUGAAGAAGGAAUGGACCAUUAAUAUAUGA